AUGCGUCUGAGUUUGUUGUUGGCUUUUUUGGUAUCGUUUGCAGUCGCAGACAUAGCUUUGGACAAGCCAGGAUCGGGCCUAACUUUUACUGCCAGCGGUGGUACAGUUUCUAUUCCAGUGGAGUUUUCCGAUAAUGGGAAACAACCAACUUUGGAUAAGUUCAAAUACUACGUUUUUUCGCUUUGUUACGGUGGUAAUGGUGUUACUAGCGAUGAUUUCACGUGUAUCAACGGAAAUAAGGUUGAACCAAGUGAUUUGACAAAAAACGGAGAUCUGUAUACUUCGACAGCUACUUUCGAUAGCACAGCGGCGAAAAACGGUCAGUAUUUCUUGCAAAUUUACGGCUACAUCAGUGGGGAUGGUGCCGCCACGUUCUCAAGUACACAGUACUCGGCCCGUUUCCUUCUGAGCUCGAUGCAAGGUACCGUAGGAACCACUCUUACAACAACGUCGCAGCCAGUAAAUCAGGUAGCAUACAAUACAGGCACUCAAGGUACGGGCAUUGAUUCUGCAUCCUUCAGCAUUCCGUACACAGAACAAACCGGAAGCACGCGGUACGCUCCCAUGCAAAUGCAGCCCACAGGUUCCGUAACGGCCACGACGUGGACCAGAAGAUUCCCCACAAGUGCAGUGACCAUGUAUUCUACUUUCAACCCUUCCAUGCAACAGGCCAGUACCCUUACACCCGGUUGGUCUUAUAAAAUUACAAGUGCCGUAAAUUGGGCUACUCCUCAACCAUAUCCAACGCAAAACAACGGCUGGUACGAUCCCAAGUCUAGACAGACGUUGACCACAAGGAAAAUCAACCUGAAACAGUGGAAAGGUACAGGAUUCGAGACAAAUUCUUGA